AUGAAUAACUCUACAGUGAACUUCACCACACUUGAAACAUCUACAAACUAUACAACUCAGUCCAUUGCAUCACUGAAAAGUCUGGAUAUCUUUUUGUACAGCAUCGGUUUCCUGUUUGGUCUUCCUACACACUCCUAUAUUAUAUGGCUCAUUGUCAGAGGAACAGGAAGUGGAGUUUCUUCAGAGUUCUUUAACCUCAAUCUCUCUGUUUGUGAGAUUGCCAACUCUCUGAAUGGUUUGAUAUCUGUACUGUCAGUUCAUUUAUCAAGUCUUUUGACAUUAUCUAAUUUUUUGCAAGGAGUAGGGAUCACUGGCCGUCCUCUGUUUCAGUGUCUGAUUUGUGUUGAGCGUUACCUGGCAGUUGUUCAUCCUGUAACUUUUCUGAAGUACAAACCUCUCAGAUAUAGAGUGAUCUGCUGCACUGCCAUCUGGAUAAUUACUCUUGGAUCCUGUUUCGUCUGCCUGAUUAUAUUGCUAAAUAUCAUGGUUGCAUAUCCUUGGUUCUUCUCACUGCAGUUUCUCCUCUACCUCUCCAUCCAGUUGUUUUGUCUUGUGGCUGUUCUCAGAGCUCUGAAGCAGUCAGGACCAGGAGAGAAAAGGAGAGAAAGAAAAGAGGAAAACCACAUGAAGAGAAGAGCGUUUUAUCUCAUUUUAAUAACUACUGGGAACUUGGUUAUUAUAUAUGUCCCACUUAUUAUCACUGGCUUCUUUAGCAUUAUGAUGAAACAAAAUAUUUUGCCUCUUUGGAUCAUUGGUGUGGUUUGUUAUGUACUGGCUGGUUUUGUUCAGCCUGUUCUUUAUCUGCACCGUGCUGGAAAACUGUCCUGUCUCUGUUGCUCAUAG